AUGUCUGUUGUAGUCCGUGCACGCGCAUUGUCAUGGUAACAGAAAGCGUUUCUUUACCGCUCCUCGACUGCGCCCGUUUACUGCUGGGUUUCUUUGUUAACUGAGAAAAAACGAUGUCAGACUCCGGAUCUGAAAUCCUAGAGGAUGAGCAGAAGUCAGCUGGAGAGUACAGUGGGGAGCGGAAUGAAGCCGGGGAGAGACACGGCUCUGGCAAAGCGGUUCUGCCCAACGGAGACAUUUACGAAGGACAGUAUGAACACGGGAAAAGAUCCGGGAAGGGAACAUACAUAUUCAGGAAUCAAGCUCGAUAUAUAGGGGAAUAUUACCUGAACCUAAAACAUGGACAGGGCAUUUUCUACUACCCAGACGGUUCCAAGUAUGAAGGUUUCUGGGUGGAAGACCAGCGGCAAGGUCAUGGCGUUUAUACAUAUUCCAAUGGGGACACAUAUGAUGGAGAGUGGGUGCAGCAUCAGAGGCAUGGCCAGGGAGUGUACACAUACCAUGAUACAGGCCUUAAGUACACUGGCACAUGGGUCAAGGGUAAGAUGGAGUCCGCUGGAGAGUUUAUACACCUAAGCUACAGAUACCAGGGCAACUUUUUCAACAAUAAACCCAUAGGUCAAGGGAAGUAUAUAUACGAUAAUGGCUUUGAACAGCACGGAGAGUAUGUGCAGGUGGAGCAGGAGAUAGGAGAGGCAGAGGAAGAGCAGCCUGUCACUGACACUAUACUGAAAUGGAUUCCAAAGAUGUGACUGGUCUUCAAUUUUGUGUUUAUUCUGGCAACAAAACACCCAUGAUGCACAAAAAGAAGGAGCCCAGUCCAAGAAACCGACGAAUCCUCAGAUAUAUAUAAUACAGACCAAAUGUUUGGACACACCUUCUCUUUUUCAAUGCGUUUUCUUUAUUUUCAUGACUAUUUACAUUGUAGAUUCUCAAUGAAGGCAUCACAACUAUGAAUGAACACAUGUGGAGUGAUGUACUUAACAAAAAAGGUGAAAUAACAAAAAAAAGUAUAUUCUAGUUUCUUCAAAAUAGCCCCCUUUGCUCUGAUUGCUGCUUUGCACACUCUUGGCAUCAUUCUCUCAAUGAGCUUCAAGAGGUGGUCACCUGAAAAGGUUUUCCAACAGUCUUGAAGAAAGGAGUUCCCAGAGGUGUUUAGCACUUGUUGCCCCUUUGCCUUCUUCACUGUGGUCCAGCUCACCCCAAACCAUCUGGAUUGGGUUCAGGUCCGGUGACUGUGGAGGCCAGGUCAUUUUUAAAUAUAAUAACUAUAUAUAACUCCACAUGUGUUCAUUCAUAGUUUUGAUGCUUUCAGUGAGAAUCUGCAAUGUAAAUAGUCAUGAAAAUAAAGAAAAUGCAUUGAAUGAGAAGGUGUGUCCAAACCUUUUGCCUGUACUGUACUCCUUGAGUUACUGUAUGGAAAAUAAGACAACAGGAGUAACAUAAAGCUAUCCAAAAGCAAGGUGUAAGACUGGUGGAGGAGAACAUGCCAAGCUGCAUAAAAACUGUUAUUAAAAAACAGGGUUAUUCCACCAAAUGUUCAUUUCUGAAUUCUGAAAAUAUAUAAUUUUUUUAUAAUUACAUUUUAGUUUUUUUUCCAGAGCUGUAUAUUAGUAUUUACACCAUAAAUCAAUCAUAUAAACAUAUGACAUAUUUGAAUAGUAUUUUACUGCAUUGGCUGAGGUUGUUUAAGAUGUCAAACUACAAACUUUAUCAUUCUUGCUUGCAUUCAGUUCAGCUUUUGUCUUUUGUAAUGUUUUAGUUGUCUUUUAUGACCUUUGAUAUUAAACUAAUUUUAACUA